AUAUGCUACAAAUGAUUCGUACAUUCUAGUACCAUACUAUCUUGACCCAACUAUACUAGCUCACACCCUCGUCAUAAACAGAACUACCGGCGCAUUUGUACUUAGCGAAGAUCGUGAAUCAAUUCCAAAUGCUAAUUCCGAAGCACUGACUAUAUUUGGUAUUUUUGGUGUUAUAAAAUUAUUAUCUGGCGAGUAUCUUAUCGUGAUAACUGGCCGGGAACGAAUCGGAAGGUUAGGCAAACACGAUAUUUUUCAGGCGGAUCAGUUUCGAAUUCUUCCUUUUGCGAAAAAUAAUUUCCGGCUAUCUGGACAACAGUCGCAAGAUGAGAAACGUUAUUUGUCGCUUGUUGAAAGUUUACUUAAAUCUGGAGCCUACUAUUUUUCAUAUACUUAUGAUUUGACACACACUCUGCAAAGGCAAGAACAAUUAAGUGAUUCGGCCUCAAAACCUUUGUGGAAAAGGGCCGAUGAUAGAUUUUUCUGGAAUCGUUACUUGCAAUCUAAAUUGAUUAAUUUUACAGUUAACAAUCCUGACCAAGACUUAAGCGAUUUCAUCCUUCCAGUGAUAUUCGGAUUCGUCUCAAUUGAACCUGCAAAAAUAAAUAAUAGAGACAUCAUAUUUUCUUUAAUUUCUCGUCGGAGUAGACAUCGUGUUGGAACACGUUAUUUUUCGCGUGGUAUUGACGCAGAAGGAAAUGUAUCUAACUUUAAUGAAACAGAGCAGAUAGUAUUGUUGGAUCCUGCUGGGAAUGGCCAUACGAUUACAUCACUUGAAGGCAAAAUUAAGUUAUCUUACGUUCAAACACGUGGCUCUGUCCCUAUUUAUUGGGCGCAAGUCGCUAAUAUAAAGUAUACGCCAAGAUUGCAAAUUAUGGAUUCACCAAAUAAGAACGAAGCAAUUCGCCGACACUUUGAUGAGCAAACUAGAUUAUACGGGAGACAAAUCCUAGUUAACCUUGUUAAUAAUACAGGUUACGAGUAUCCAAUUGGAGAAGCUUACGAAAAGGCCGUCAAACAAUUGGAUGAUCCCAGACUGAUUUAUUAUCAUUUUGAUUUUCACCAUGAAUGUCGAAAAAUGCAGUGGGAUAGGAUUCAAAUUUUAAUUGACUCCAUCGAAGAAGAAUUGCUACAACAAGGUGAAGAAUCUGAAAAUAAUAAUGUUACUUACAAGAAUCAGACAUCUGUGGUUCGCACCAAUUGCAUGGACUGCCUUGAUCGUACGAAUGUCGUACAAUCUGCUUUAGCUAGAUGGACGCUAACCCAACAACUGCGAAGCGUUGGUGUGCUGAGCAACAAAGAACGAAUUGAAGAAAUUGGUGAUUUCAUGGAAAAAUUUAGGAAUGUUUGGGCAGAUAAUGCAGAUGCUAUCAGUAUGCCGUACUCCGGAACAGGUGCCAUGAAAACUGAUUAUACUAGAACCGGCAAGAGAACUAAGCAAGGGGCAGCCAUGGAUUUACAAACGGCUGUUACUCGUUAUGUGAUGAAUAACUUUAUGGAUGGAUCACGGCAGGAUGCAUAUGAUCUAUUAUUGGGCAAUUAUGAAGUUGAAUCCGGCGUGUCACCAUUCAUUGACAAUCGGUUGUUCCAAACUAAGAUAAUUCCUCAAAUAUUAGCAGCAUGCAUUGUUUUCUUCUUAUUUUUAUACACGAUUUCAAAAUCUGAUUUUGCUUACUUAAUACGUUUCAUCAUGUUCAUCGAUUUUAUUGCUGUUACGUUCCUCAUUCGUUAUAUUGUGGUCCACGGAACUGAUUUUGUAAAUUGGCCUAGUCUUGUUCCGCCAAAUUAUCGACUUCAUCAAUGGAAUAAUACAGCACCGUAUCAGAAGAUAAGAAAAACAAGACGACAUAGUGAUUCAGAACAUGGUGAAAAGAUUGAUUAA